GGUGACCCCGCGGGGACCCGGGGUCGGUCCCGAGGGUUCCAAGCAGGGCACCCGCGUUACCGAGCGGUCGGGGCUCAGCCCCGCGGCGGCUGCAGGAGGAGCGAACCCCGGCUUCUUCGGCUUCUUCGGCCGGCAACCCAACAGCGCGGCUCGGUGCCUCGGUCAGCGGGGAGCAGCCGGGCUGGAGGAGCCACGUCCCGCUGCAGGGCCGAGCUCUAAACCCGGCUGUGGGACCAACGCUCCCCACGGCGCCUUCUGUCCCCGGCGCCCCUGACAGGCACCGGCCACCGGCAGAAGCUUCCCUGCCGGGAUUGCGAGAAAUGGAACGAGCCUCGUGACUUACAGUGGGUCUUGUCAGAAAAGACAGUGCGUGGCUCGGGGGGCACGGAGGGCUCCCAGGCCCGUCUGGGAGGGCACGGGGCGCUGCCAGCCCCGCUCGCCGGGACCGCGGCUCCUGCCCGGCCAAGGUGCGGGCACAGAGCGGCACCGCCCGGCUUCGKCGCGGGGUUGUGGCGUCAUCGCCGCGCGCCGCGCCAGCGGGACGGGAAGCGGCGGUGUGGCGGCCGUGCCGCGGAGCAGCAGCCGCAGCUAUGCCGGGCCAGAAGUCCUUCCGCCGGCGCAGGGAGGACGAGGACGAGGAGGAGGAGGACGAGCAGCUCGCCGAGGAGGUCAGGUUAAAACUUGAGGAAGCCAAAGAAGUUCAGAGCCUCAGAAAGCGGCCCAAUGGGGUGAGUGCUGUAGCUYUGCUGGUGGGAGAGAAGCUGCAGGAAGAAGCAACACUUGUGGAUGACCCAUUUAAGAUAAAAUCUGGGGGAAUGGUGGACAUGAAGAAGCUGAAAGAAAGAGGCAAGGACAGGAUUAAUGAAGAAGAAGAUCUGAACUUGGGAACUUCCUUCUCAGCAGAAACCAACAGGCGGGAUGAAGAUGCUGACAUGAUGAAGUACAUUGAGACUGAGCUGAAGAAGAGAAAAGGAAUUGUGGAGAAUGAGGAGCAGAAGGUGAAACUUAAGAAUGCCGAGGAUUCUCUCUAUGAGCUGCCAGAGAACAUCCGUGUCUCCUCUGCCAAGAAGACUGAGGAGAUGUUGUCCAACCAGAUGCUGAGCGGCAUUCCUGAAGUUGACCUGGGAAUMGAUGCAAAAAUAAAGAACAUCAUCUCAACUGAAGAGGCCAAAGCCAAGCUGCUGGCAGAGCAGCAGAACAAAAAGAAAGACAGUGAAACUUCCUUUGUUCCCACCAACAUGGCUGUUAAUUAUGUCCAGCACAAUAGAUUUUAUCAUGAGGAGCUGAAYGCACCAGUGCGAAGGAACAAAGAGGAGCCAAAGCCCCGUCCACUGAGAGUGGGGGACACGGAGAGACCAGAACCUGAGCGGUCUCCUCCAAAUCGCAAACGUCCYCUCAAUGAAAAAGCCACAGAUGAUUAUCACUAUGAGAAGUUCAAGAAGAUGAACAGGCGAUACUGAAGAAUAUUGUCCAAAGCCUUUGGAGUUGUUCCUAUUUUCCACUAAUAAAGGAUUUUGCAUCAGUGACCUGCGAUGGAUGUUGGAAAGACCUUCACAUGCUGAUGUUACCUAYGAAGCUUUUCCUGUGUGAUCUUGUAGUGAAUCAGUUUGCAGGUGAUUGUGAACUUUUUGGUCGGUGAAACCUUGUAUAUAACUAUGUUCUUAUAAAUGGACUUUUAUAAUGGAAAAUGAGCUUUCAUGGUUGGCAUUUUUUAGUGAGAAGGCAAACUUUAUAGAUUUCUCUUUUCACCAUCUUGAAGAAAAACCUAAAAAAAAAGAGAUCCUUUAAAAGCAGCAGUGCUGUUUGCUUUGUAAAUGAAAGCUCUUGGGAGCUUGACUUCUUGUCCACAUGUCUUCCCCAGAAGUAUUAUGUGGGUACUUGUAGUGAGGAUUUGUAACUUGAAAAUAGUAAAAGUGGUUUUUUAAGUUAUUAUAA